GGCUGUUCACGCGAGAACCGCGUAAUCGUAAUCUGUGCUCUAAACGCGAGCACCGCGGACGUUCAUACUCACCCACUUCUAUACUAACUAUACUUACUACAGUACAGAAGUCUGUGUUAAUAUUGUGUCUACGAUUCGCGCAAAAAACUCAAAUCUUAUUUGAUCUUAUUCUAUGAUAUCAGCACAGAACAUUGUCAAAACACUGUCGCCGGCUCUCACGGUUAACUCGGUAGCUCUUAUUUGUUAUAGCCCGUAUUUUUCUAUCUGAAUUUCUUUUUUAUCCCCAAAACAGCUAACUCGAUCGAAACUCAUAUUAAUUUUUCCCCUUACGAUUUCGUUCGGUUCCGACAUUCCCAUCCUCCCGUAAGGGUGUUGUGACAUGAUUGCUUCCUAAUCUGCAAACAUGGCCUACAGCAAGUUACUGAACAGAAAUCCGACGUUCACGACGCUGCUCCAACAGUCCAAAGUGAUCAGCCAAGAGCGCCAAUUUCAUCGAAUUUCGGUUUCCAAAAGAUUAGUUCCACUUUUGCCGAACAAGUUUUCAGCAUCAUAUCCUAGGCAAUUGACAGCAACAAAUUUUACAUUCACGCGGUUUAGCAGUAGCGAUAUUUAUGGACAACCAUCUUCAUCUGCUGUUGACAAUGGCUAUGAACCUUUAGAUUUGACUGAAGACAUAAUACUCAAGCCACCAGAAGUAAUACCAGUUGAAGCAGCUAAUGAACUUGUUGAAAAAUCUUUGAAUGCAUUGGGAGAAGAAACUUUACAGAGCGCUGGUCUAGGAUUAUAUACUCCAGUUGGAUUGUUACAAAAUGCUUUAGAAUUUUUACAUGUGUCUUGUGGUUUACCAUGGUGGGGUGCUAUUAUAACAGGUACUGUCAUAUUACGUUUAUUGGUUUUUCCUUUAACAAUUUCAUCACAACGCCAUACAGUCAAGAUGAAUCAUUAUUUGCCAAAAAUUCAAGCAUACCAAAAAAAGUUAACUGAAGCUCGAUUAAGCGGAGAUCAUGUUGAAAUGGGAAGAACUUCAACUGAAUUCAUGUUAUUCAUGAAAACACAUCAAAUUAAUCCAUUUAAAGGAAUGAUGUUACUACCCGUUGUUCAAUUUCCUAUAUUUUUAAGUAUGUUUUGGGGUUUAAGAAAUAUGUCAAUGUUACCUCUAGAAAGUUUUAAAUAUGGUGGUCUCUGGUGGUUUACUGAUAUUACUAUGCGUGACCCAUAUUUUAUAUUGCCUAUUGUUACUGUUAUUACUCUUGGAGUGACCUUGCAGUUUUCUGUAGACACUAAUAAAUUCAAUGCUGCAGGAGCUGGAUUUGGAAAAUUUUUGAAAUUUGGAAUCCGUGUACUACCUGUCAUUAUGUUACCAUUCAUUGUUAAUUUUCCAUGUGCAGUGUGUAUAUAUUGGGCAUCUACUAAUUUUAUUUCACUAGGACAAGUAUUGUUUUUUAAAAUACCUAGUGUAAGAAAAUAUUUUAAUAUUGAUGUAAUAGAGAAAGUUGAACAAUCACAAAAAGUGUAUGCAGAAAAUGUUGGUGAGCUUAAAAAGUCCUGGAAAAAUGCACAAAUCAUAAAAGAAAUUGAAAAAAUGGAGCGUUUAGAUCAUAUGAAUUUCAGACAAUCCAAUAAUGCUUUGCCAGUUAAGACUUUUAAGUAUAAUCCAGAAGUCGAGGGAGGCUUAAAGAAGGAUGAUUAAUAUAAAUUUUUUUAGUACUAUUGUUUGUUUAGUAUAAUGUAUGAAAUAAUAUAUUAAUGUCCAAGUACA